AUGGCAGCUCAUAUUAAAAGUCACGUCCUCGAUGAACUGAUCACUCAGAUUACCAACGAAGUCGAAGAAAAAGAAAAAAGAGCACCAUUGAUCAAACUUCGUGCUCCGUUAGAGGCACCUUCAUUGACCAAGGAAUUAAGGGACCAGUAUUCACUAUCCCUGACAGAAUCGGAUGCGGAUAUAUUUUGGGAAGUUGUAUCUGAUGAACAUGGAAUAAGCCGAGAAGGCGAAUAUUACGAAUUAUUUCCACCACAAGUGAAACGAAUUUCAGUUUAUUAUAAUGAAACACAAGAAGGAAAAUGGUUUCCAAGAGCGGUACUCACAGACUUGGAACCAGGAGUUCUGCAUUCCAUCCAAGGCGACAAUAGCGCUCAGUUAUUCAAUACGAAUAAUUUCAUAGCAGGAGCGAUCGGAGCUGCGAAUAAUUUCGCCAAAGGUCAUUACGUAGGAGGUCCAGAAGUAAUCGAAUCGUUGAUGGAAGUAGUUCGAUCGGAAGUCGAACUAUGCGAUUCGUUGCAAGGGUUUCAAAUCGUGCAUUCGCUAGGUGGAGGUACAGGAUCUGGGUUUGGGACCUUGAUGAUGUUCAAGAUCAAAGAAGACUAUCCGGAUUCUAUAUUGAAUAAUUAUUCUAUUAUACCUUCGGAUAAAGUAUCGGAUGUCGUUGUCGAACCUUACAAUACUGUGUUAUCAUUAAGACAUUUAACCGAAUACUCGGAUUCAACAUUCUGCGUUGAUAACGAAGCUCUAUUUAAUAUUUGUAAUCAUACCUUAAGGAUAACGAAACCUCAAUUUAGCGACUUGAAUCAUCUAGUGUCGAUCGCCAUGUCUGGUAUUACGACCUGUUUUCGUUUCCCAGCCGAGUUAAAUACCGAUUUACGUAAACUAGCUGUUAAUAUGGUACCGUAUCCUCGACUUCAUUAUUACAUUCCUGGUUUUCUACCCCUUACGACUAAGUUUUGCGCCAUUAAGCCUAACGUGCCGGUUAAGGAGUUGACUAGAGGUAUUUUAGAUCCUGGUAAUAUGUUGGUAGCGAGCGAUCCUCGAGGAGGUAAGUACCUCACAGUGGCGGCUAUUUUUCGUGGUCAUAUGUCCGUAACCGAAGUCGAGCACGAGAUGAACAACGUGCAAGAAGAAAACGAUCAGUUUUUCGUCGACUGGUUAUCGAAUAACAUGAAGAUCGCCGUUUGUAAUAUACCAUCGAGAGGGUUAUUCGAUUCGGCUACUUUUAUUGUAAAUACUACUAGCGUUAUUGAAAUAUUUAAGAAAACUUUGGCCAAAUAUCAGACUAUGCAGCAGAGAAAGGCUUUCUUGCAUUGGUAUCUCGGAGAGGGUAUGGAUGAAGAUGAAUUCAGCAUGGCUGAAAAAUCGCUUAUCGAUUUGGUGUCCGAGUACGAGCAGCAGAAUGCUGUCGAGUGAACGUUGCUGUGUGUGUGGUUUUUUUUCUACCUUGUAUAGUAUCGACUUAAGUACUGUUAUUUUUUAUUUACUUGUUAAAAUUCUUGUGAUUUUGAAUCUAU